GUAGUUUCACAAAUUGUUUCAAGAUGGCGAACUAUGGAGAAUCAGGAGGAUUUUGGAAUGCGCCUAAAGUGCAAUACAGUCCACAGACGCAUCAGUUGUUGAAAAAUAUGAUGCAGGAAUCCAAAUUAACAAACUUUCAACAGCGUCACCUUGAGAAACAACUGAGAGGUGGUGGGACCCUACCUGCACAGUGCAAUCCAACAUCCAGUGCUCGGAGAAAGCAGGCUCUCCCUCCGCCCAAACCUCCAAAAGUUCUAAAUCCAAAAAAUUAUCAUCACAACAUCAGAACAAAGGAGGCCAUAGAAGCAACAGGGGCCUAUGAGAGACCAAAAUAUGAGCCAGGACCUUCACAUUGGAGCAGGAACUCUGCAAAGGAGAAAGAAAAGCUUGCAAAUAUGAUGGCGUUUGGCCAGGACAUCGACCCACAGGCAGAGCGGAUGAAACAACUUCAAGAGUUGCGCAACAUGCCAUAUGAGGAGGAGCCAGUGGUUGAUAGGUUCGAUGAAUUGCAAAUGGAGAUAGAUGAGCGACGGCAGUUUUUAAGUCAGAUGGAGGCAGUUGGACAAGGAGCCAAGCACAGGAGUGUCAUAGAAACUCAGAUCUCACAGUUAAUUCGCGAAAUGGAGGUAAUAGAUAAAAAGAGAACAAAAGAGUUAGAAGAAUUGAUAGCGCGGGAAGAAGCGAAAAAGAAAUGAGAAAACAACCAGACUCUUAUUUAUGCAAAAAAUAACUCUAUACCGGUACUACUGUGUAGUACAAGUCCAGCCCUAGUGUUCAGUAGAGACAAGUGAGAGGAUUUCCCUACGGCUGGUCAAACUUGCCUUAUGACUGUGAUCUGACAUUCUUUGGCUGUGAAUUAUCGUUUAAUUUUAUUGUAAUGUGUACAUGUGUUAUAUAUUCAUUUUAAGUCCAAUGUAAAUACUCCUUUUUUAACAGAUGUUUUCAUAUACAUAAUAAACGUCCAAAAAUUA